CUAAGAAAGAAACAACAUUUCUGUAUCUUCCUUUCUUAUUUCUUCUUUAUUCAUACAUACCCUUUCCAAGAAUUCAUAAAUUUUGAAAGGUUGGGUUGUGAUCUUCCUUCUCAUUCUUUCCUUUCUUUGUUCUUGAUAUAUUAAUUAUCAGGUUGAAUUCUCAAAUAAUAGGAUUUGCAUGAGCCUCUUACUUUAAGAAAGUGCUGCAAGUGAGUCAUGUUAGUUGCUUUCAAUUGUUGCUUUUGCAUAAAGAGGCCUAAACAAAUACCAGGAUACGAGGAACCCACUGUUCUUGCUGCUGAAACACCCUUUACUGUUAGUGAAAUUGAGGCCUUAUAUGAGCUUUAUAAGAAAGUAAGCAAUUCAAUAUUCAAAGAUGGGCUUAUUCACAAGGAAGAAUUUCAGCUGGCACUUUUCAGGAACAGAAAUAGAAGGAAUCUUUUUGCGGAUAGGAUCUUUGAUUUAUUUGAUAUCAAGCACAAUGGAGUAAUUGAAUUUGGAGAAUUCAUUCGAUCAUUGGGCGUCUUUCAUCCCAAUGCACCUGUAGAAGACAAGAUUGACUUUGCUUUCCGACUAUAUGAUCUCAGGCAAACUGGUUAUAUCGAACGAGAAGAGUUGAAGGAGAUGGUGUUGGCUCUUCUGCAUGAGUCAGAUCUCUUACUGUCGGAUGAUGUUGUUGAAACAAUCAUAGAUAAGACUUGGAAUGAUGCAGAUAUAAAAGGCGAUGGGAAAAUUGAUCGAGAAGAAUGGAAGGAAUUUGUGUCAAAGAAUCCAUCUCUCUUGAGGAACAUGACACUUCCUUAUUUAAAGGAUAUAACAAUGGCAUUUCCUAGUUUUGUGCUAAGAUCGGAAGUCGAAGAUUCUGAAAUCUAGGCUUAAAUAUACAUACAUCCAAAAGAUAGUCAAUGAUGUGUUAUCUCAUGAUCAUACACUUCUGGAUGAGUUUUCUUUCAAGAGAAGUUGGAAUCAGCAUGACAUUCGCACCAGAAGUACAACUGCAAAGGCUUGAAAGACAUAAGAGUUUAGACCCACUAAAAUGCAGCUAAGGUAUCCCGUCUACAAGAUUUAUCUUGACAUACUAGUUACCUGUAUAUACCUUCUGCAUGCAUACAUUGCAUAAGAACAGCUGAAAUUUUGUGGUAAGAUACUCUUAAGAUGUAUAUUUUUGGAUUGCACUUUGAAGCCACUAGACCAUUCUUCUUCAA